GGCUCCGCUGCGCCACGGUCGGCCGCACUCCGCUGGACAGCAAUGCCCACGACCAGCACGUAACUCGCUCCCAGCGGCGGCGCACGGCGAUGCUCGAGAACCGGCCGGCACGCGCGGCCGUCGGCGAGCGGUGCUAGGUCCACCUCGAUACAUGAUAACUAGUAAUAUUAGGGAACCGAUCGUGUAAUAAGGAUCAGUGCAGGGAGCCGCGCGAGGGAGGCGGGGCCCGUGUCGCACAUGGCGCGGCGAGGCGGCGCGGCGCGCGGCGCUCGCUCGCGGCGCUGACAUGGCGGCCCGGGCGCGCCGCGAGCGGCUGGCGGCGCCCGCAGCCCUGCUGCUCCUGCUGCUCCUGCUCUGGCCACCAGAAGUUUGGUGCGGCUACCACGAGAAACGGCUAUUGCAUCAUCUGUUGGAUCACUACAACGUGCUGGAGCGGCCUGUCGUCAACGAGAGUGACCCGCUUCAACUCUCCUUCGGCCUCACACUCAUGCAAAUCAUUGAUGUGGAUGAAAAGAACCAACUGUUAAUAACAAAUAUAUGGUUGAAACUUGAAUGGAAUGAUAUGAAUUUGAGGUGGAACACUUCAGAUUUCGGCGGUGUCAAGGACUUAAGAGUACCACCACACAGGUUAUGGAAACCUGAUGUCCUUAUGUACAAUAGUGCCGACGAAGGGUUUGACAGCACAUAUCCAACCAACGUAGUUGUACGAAACAAUGGUUCUUGCCUGUACGUGCCUCCUGGUAUAUUUAAGAGUACUUGCAAAAUUGACAUCACGUGGUUCCCUUUUGAUGAUCAACGGUGUGAGAUGAAAUUCGGAAGCUGGACUUACGAUGGAUACCAACUUGAUCUUCAAUUACAAGAUGAAGGUGGAGGCGACAUCAGCAGUUUCGUUACAAACGGUGAAUGGGAAUUAAUAGGUGUGCCCGGUAAACGUAAUGAGAUCUAUUACAACUGCUGCCCUGAACCUUAUAUAGACAUCACGUUUGCAGUAGUGAUCCGACGGAAGACGCUGUAUUACUUCUUCAACCUAAUAGUUCCAUGCGUGUUGAUAGCCUCCAUGGCUCUACUUGGUUUCACUCUACCUCCAGAUUCUGGAGAAAAACUAUCAUUAGGUGUUACAAUUCUACUAUCACUCACGGUAUUCUUGAACAUGGUCGCGGAGACAAUGCCCGCGACGUCGGAUGCGGUGCCGCUGCUGGGCACGUAUUUCAACUGCAUCAUGUUCAUGGUGGCAUCUUCAGUCGUCUCUACAAUACUUAUUUUGAACUACCACCAUCGGCACGCCGACACACACGAAAUGAGCGACUGGAUUCGCUGCGUGUUUCUGUACUGGCUGCCGUGGAUUCUGCGCAUGUCCCGGCCAGGCUCCGCCACGACGCCGCCUCCUGCGCGUGCGCCUCCUCCGCCGGACCUGGAGCUUCGAGAACGUUCCUCGAAGUCUCUGUUAGCCAACGUGCUCGACAUCGAUGACGACUUCCGACACGCGCACGCGCAGCAGCCGCCCUGCUGCCGAUACUACAGGUCCCUCGACGAUCUACACGAACACUACUCGCCAAGUGGAGAAGAAAACGGCGCGGGUCUCGCUACACACAGCUGUUUUGGUGUUGAUUACGAGCUCUCACUCAUACUAAAAGAGAUUCGAGUCAUCACCGACCAGAUGCGCAAAGACGACGAAGAUGCGGACAUCUCGCGCGACUGGAAGUUUGCCGCCAUGGUCGUGGACAGACUGUGCCUUAUUAUCUUUACCCUGUUCACCAUCAUCGCCACGCUAGCCGUGCUGCUGUCGGCUCCGCACAUCAUGGUGUCGUAGCGCCCCGCCCGCCUGCGCCUGCGCAUGCGUAACGUUCUGUGAUACCGCGAAUAUUUGUUAAGUUGUGAUGUGCGACCGCGAGCGGCGACGCCGCGGCGCUGGAGUUGCCGCCGCCUGCCUCGCCGCUCGCGCCCUAGACCUAAGGAACCGCUGACUGCCAUCCCUACGCGUUAAAUUAUAAUGCUGCCUAUUCAUCUUCUUUUUCUCCAACCUCUCACUUAUAUCUUUCAAUGGCUUUAGCCAUUCUUUACUUUCAGCAUAACGUGUAUACUGCUCUCUCAUGUUGAUUGACGUAAUUUGAUUUUAACAUUUCCUUCAGUUUAGUAUGAGAGGCUGUUGAUUAUGACUGAAUUAUUAUGUGGCAGUAAACAUGUUGUCUGUCGACGAGCGUGAGAAUCAGGCUUUUAGAGAACCUCGCUAGACUAGAUGCCAUAACAGAUGAUCACAAAUUAUUGUAACUGUGAUCGAAACCAAAAAAGUGUAGCACAAAAAUGUCUUCCUUCAUACCUUUAUACAAUCUGUCACGUUGAAAUUUAUUAUAUCGUUAUUAGAACUUUCUUGUUUAUGUACAGUUUAGUGAUGGGGCGAAAAUCAGACCCUUUUUGUUUCUUAUUCGAUUCCGUGAAUCGUCGUUAUUGUCCCUAACUUUAUUUAUGGACAUUUUCGUGUCAUUAGCUAGUAUAGAACUUUACAAACAAUGUUGUUUCAAUUGGUACAGGUUGUGAUAUGCCUCGUUGAGAACGAGACGAUAUUGUUAUUAAUAAUAAAAUAUCCAAAGCUAUAGCUUAAUAAGACGCUCGUUAAAAUUGUAGUUUAUAAAGUGAUUAUUUUAUUAAAGCCGUACUCGGUCUUUCGAAACAAUGUUAUACAAUACAUGAUGAUAUCACGUUUGUACGUACAAUAAUUUUUUCGAUACAAUCGUAAAGUUAACCUUUUGAAAUUGAUUGAUCAUACAGGAACGUUAUUAAUUUCAGUUUCAUGACAUCGAAUCCAAAUCUGUAUUACCUUGCGUUAACACUCACCUCAUCGUACUGCAAAACAUGUUUCUGAUUUAGAUCACAUCCUGCGAAUUCGGGAUCUAUAAAGGUGCAGGCCUGUUACUGGUUAUAUAAGCCAACAACGGAGAGACACAUUGUUAUAAUCAAGUUUUGUUAUCCAUUCAAACUCAUGUAUCAUCCAUUCGUUCUUCAUGUUAUGUCAAGUUUAUAGAAAACGUAGUCUUCUUAAAAGGAAAACGUUAAAUAGAUUUAAGAGUUACUGCGAUGACACAAACUAGAGAGAUUUAUUGUAUCCUCGCAGAACUCCCUCCAUGUUUUCCUGGUUCGAAGCGCAUUAUGUUUGCUGCAUUCAUACACGCUCCUUUGGAAGUUGCGGAGCGGUUAUGAUUGUUCGCCAAUGUUUUCUGUCAUCUGUUUAUUUAUCGUCAUUCUUACCGACGGUCAUCACAGUUGUGUGACUGUUAGGAAGUCCGCGCAUCGUCUGGUCUGAGUUGCGACGGGACUGUGAAUCUGUUGAAUGGCCGACUAAAGCGCGGCCAACUCCAUCUUAGAGGACGCCGUUUGUCCUCAGACUUGUUCAAUUGUUAGGGUUAAUACUCUGAAUUGCACUUUGUUUAUUAAAUAUAAACCAAAGAAAAUA